AUGAUGAGGCAUAAAUCAUCCACAACUUGUUCUUCUGCUGGCAGAGUUACAGCUCAAUUACUAUUAUCUUUCCUAGCCUUAUCGACACCGAUAAGUGCAUUGGAUUCAACUCAUCAACAGCAACAGCAACCAAUAUUCCCCAUAUUACCACCUUCUAUUCCAGAAUCACAAAAUCGACAGGAUUCCGCUGGAGAUCACGUAUUUUCCCUUCGCCACAUCUUCCAUCAUGGAACUUACGAAAAUCCUCAAUUACAUAAACAACUCGACAUUUUAGAUUCCAGGUCCAAGUCAACAGUUUGGCUGGAAUCCGAAGAUGGAAAAGGAACAUUGCAAGAAGUAACAAGGCCACUGGUCAUGAAGAAGAGUCCAGUGAAGAUAGAACGGCUAAAAGACAGGAGGCCUUCAGUGGUCGAUCCAAUGGUAGCAGCAUCAAGAGAGAGCGGGGAUGUAUGGGCCUUAUCACCAUCGGCUUGGACAGUUGACGAAGUAGCCGGUCCGGAUAUCACAGACAAGGAUACUGUCAUAACAUUGGCACAAAUGGCAGCGAAUGCCUAUGUGAACAAACCAGAUACAGGGGACUGGAAGGACGUCAAUGGGGGUUUCAAUCGCACCGAUGAUUAUGGAUUUGGCUGGGAUGCCGAUGGACUACGAGGGUACAUCUAUAUGGAUGAGACAAAUUCGACCAUUGUCAUAGGAUUGAAGGGAACCAGUCUUGCGGUGUACGACGGAGAUGGGACAACUACGAACGAUAAGGAAAAUGACAAUUUGUUCUUUAGUUGUUGCUGUGGCCAACAAGGUGCUUCGUUCUACCGACAAGUUUGCGACUGCGCUACUGGAACCUAUACCUGCAAUGUAUCUUGCCUCAAGAAAAGCUUAAGGUCGGAAAAUCGAUAUUACACUGCGGCUCGACAUCUCUACUCCAAUGUAACGGCUCUUUAUCCAAAUGCAAAUAUAUGGAUGUCUGGCCACUCUCUUGGUGGAUCUGUUAGUUCAAUGCUAGGUUUAACUUAUGGUAUUCCUGUUGUUACAUUUGAGGCAGUCCCAGAUGCUUUACCCGCGAGUCGUUUGGGUCUACCAGCGCCCCCGGGUCACAAUCCGAGCAUGCCACAAAAGCGCGAGUUUACUGGAGCUUACCAUUUUGGACACACUGCCGACCCGAUAUACUUGGGAACCUGCAAUGGUGCUACCGCUUCUUGCUCGUAUGCUGGAUAUGCAUUGGAAAGUUCAUGCCAUACCGGCAUGGAGUGUGUAUAUGAUGUCGUAGCCGAUCACGGGUGGGGAGUACACAUCUGGUCACACAAAAUCAUAACUGUGAUUGAGCAGAUUAUCAAGGUCUACGAUACAGUGCCAGUUUGCAAAUUUACACCGGAAUGUGUAGAUUGUCCGCUUUGGAAAGAGGUGGAAGGCAACAGUAGUAGCACUGCCACAUCACCACCCUCAUCAACCUCGACCACAAAUACACGGAGUCGCACUUCCACAUGUAAAACACCAGGAUGGUGGGGCUGCCUAGAUGAAGAUACAUCCACAACCUCUAAGCCUGCAACUAGCGUACCAGUCACUACCACGUCAACUUCAACCUCAACUUGCAAAACUCCUGGCUGGUUUGGCUGUAACGAUGAGAAAACUACAACUAAAAGUAGUAGCAGCAGUACUUCGGUCCCACACACAGCCACUUCAACGUCUUCCUCCACAAGCACUUCAGCAACAACAACAACAACCUGCAAGACUCCAGGAUGGUUCGGCUGUAAAGACCCUACUUCCACCUCAACCUCCAUAUCCACCUCCAGCACAGAGCUUCCAUCCCACCUCAUAACCUCCGCACCACCUCUCCCCUCUCCUACAACCUCGAACAUACCUACUACAACCCAAGCAUGUGUAUCUAAAAAGUGGUUCGGUUUCGCCUGCGUCGAUCCUUCACCUGAUGGAAAACCAACUGCGAGUGCGUCACCGCAGCACAAAGAAACAUGUUUAAGGAGGAACUGGUGGUUCGGAUGUAAAGAAUGGGAUGUGGAAUUGUAG